GUCUGCGGAUCGACUCAGAGGCUGCGUGAACUGCGAUUUCCUCAUCUGAGAGCAGUUUUAAUGUGCUCUUUAUCCGUUUAUUUCAGAGGAUUACCCCUUCCCUCAGUAACGAUGGGUUCUGUGAUGUUGGACCGGAGGUUAUCGUGUCUUCUUCUGCAGGCGGCAGCUCUGCUGCUGCUCAGCAAGGGGGAGAGGAUGUGCCCUGCGAGUUGCCGCUGUGAAGGAAAGAUUGUUUAUUGUGAGUCUGGCAUCUUCCAAGACAUCCCAGUAAACAUCUCCACAGGAUGCCAGGGUCUGUCUCUGCGCUAUAACAACCUGCUGGUCCUGUUGCCGUACCAGUUUGCUCAUCUCAAUCAGCUCAUCUGGUUAUAUCUGGACCACAACUCUCUCCACACCAUAGAUGCUUUAGCCUUCCAGGGCGUGCGCAGGCUCAAAGAACUCAUCCUCAGCUCAAAUAAAAUCUCUCAUCUGCACAACAACACAUUCAGUGCCAUACCCAACCUGCGCAACCUGGACUUAUCCUACAACCAGCUGCAGGCUCUGCAGCCGGGACACUUUUAUGGUCUGCGCAAGCUACAAAACCUCCACGUCCGAUCUAAUGGCCUGAGACAGAUCGCCCUUCGUACCUUCCUGGAGUGCCGCAGCUUGGAGUUUUUGGAUUUGGGUUACAAUCGCCUGCGGAGCCUCACUCGCACAACCUUUUUAGGCCUGUUCAAGCUGAAGGAGCUACAUUUAGAGCACAAUCAAUUUUCCAGGAUUAAUUUCUACAUUUUCCCACGCCUUACCAACCUCCAGGCUCUUUAUUUGCAGUGGAACCGCAUACGAACUAUCAGUCAAGGCGUGCCUUGGACCUGGAACAAACUACAGAAGCUGGAUCUGUCAGGGAAUGAAAUCCAAAUGUUGGACCCGGCAGUUUUUCAGUGUAUGCCGAACCUACAAACGCUUAACCUCGAAUCAAACAAGCUCAGCAGUGUGUCUGUGGAAGCUGUGGCAGCGUGGACCUCACUCACCACCAUCAGUCUGGCAGGAAACUCCUGGGACUGCAGCCCGAGCAUCUGCCCACUCAUGGGAUGGCUGAGAAACUUCAAAGAUCCCAAAGACAUCAGUAUGAUCUGCAGCAGCCCCAAGUCGGUGCAGGGCGAGCGCGUCGUGGACGUCGUGAGGAAUCACUCGACCUGUUCGGAGAUGUCGAACGUUCUGUCGACUACGGCUGUUCUCGUUCUCACAUCAAGCCAAGUUUUCAACAUCACCACUGACGUCUCUCUGUAUGAUUACACAGAUCUGGAUUUUACCGACUCACCUGUUGAGGGAUUUACUCCUUCAUCCGUCCGUCCCAUUGAGACAGACAGAAAGACGACAGAGUCGACAACCAUGACCCCUACUACCCCCAUCUCCCCUGAGCCCCCUACGUCGUUUAUCCCAGAGCUACAGUUCGAGCAUAUGGCUUUCCAUAAAAUUAUUGCAGGCAGCGUAGCGCUGUUCCUGUCAGUGUCAUUGAUCCUCCUGGUUAUUUAUGUGUCAUGGAGGCGCUACCCCAACACCAUGAGGCAGCUGCAGCAGCACUCAGUCAACCAUAAGCGCAGGAAAAAGGCCCGCAAGCAGGAGCAGGAUCUUAACUCUCAGCUGCAAGAGUACUAUCUGAGCUACCACUCAAACUCAGAGGCGAUGGAUUCUUUGGUGAACGAGACGAGGCCGUGCACGUGCACCAUAUCAGGAUCCAUAGAGUGUGAAGUCUGAGCUGCACAUUCCACCUUAAGAGACUAAAUCUGCAUUUGCUAAGCAGAGGUAAAUGGUUUUUUUUCCACAAGAUUAAGUGGUUUUUAUCUCUAAUGUGAGAUGAUAGAUCCUGCAGCUCUGAGGGAAAUACUUGGAGGCAUAGUACAAUAUAAUUAUGUGCACAGAGAAGAAGACUGGAGCUGGGAGAUAUUUUUGGAGCUAAUUAUCACCCUGACUGACACGAGAACAGCGGCAGGGUCAGCCAGGUUAGCUG